UUUAAAAUAUUUGGCUUGUAUGGCUCUCUCAGCCAAAAAGGCCUUUAAAGUUUGUCGAAGUCUAACUUUUGUUUUAAAAUUAAAUUUACCUGCAAUCAGUAAAGCUAAUAAAAAAAAAGGUGGAAAAGUGACCUCUGUGUGCAACGGAGCAAAACACAUUUCGGAAUAGCCAUUUUUUCACCGGUUGACGUAAGAGGUGGGUCUGGUUGCCUUGGCAACCAAUUGGCACCGAAGUGUGGAGCGGCUGGGAGGCCCCGCCCCCCUGUACAAAUACCCCCCUGGCUUUGACGUCAAUGCACGUCAAGCGGAGGAACAUGAUGCCUCUUUGCGAGUCUACUCUACCUGACAGAGGGGACAUUAAAGCUCCAUUGUGACCGGAUAAAGGUGCCUUUUUGGUGACAAAGGCGUAAGGGGAGGGGAAAAAAAAAAAAAAAAAGACAAAGAUUUUUUUUUUUUAUAUUUUUUUUUUUGAAAUGUCGCCGCCGCUGCUUUGAAGGAGAGUGUCGCCACAGUCGCCGGAGCACUCGUGUUUUUUUUUAAUGGACACGCUUCCAUUAAGAGUGGCGGCGGUUGCUUCGUAGGCUCUUUAUCUCCUAACGGCUGCGAGGGAGCCCCGGUGUGAGCCCGCGGCGGCAGCCCCGCCACCCCCCUCUCUCAGCCCCACUCACCCCCCUCGCUGGUCCGCCGUCGACAACAGCAUGGUCAUGGCUGACAGCGUCCACAAGCCGCUGCUCCGGGGUCCCGUCCGUGUGGGCUUCUACGACAUCGAGCGCACUUUAGGAAAGGGCAACUUUGCGGUCGUCAAACUGGCGCGACACCGCAUAACCAAGACGGAGGUGGCCAUCAAGAUCAUCGACAAGACCCAGUUGGAUGCAGUCAACCUGGAGAAGAUCUACAGAGAAGUUCAGAUCAUGAAGAUGCUGGACCAUCCGCACAUCAUUAAGCUCUACCAGGUGAUGGAGACAAAGAACAUGCUCUACCUGGUCACGGAAUACGCCAAGAAUGGGGAGAUCUUCGACUACUUGGCGAAGCACGGUCCUCUCAGCGAACUGGAGGCCAGGAGGAAGUUCUGGCAGAUACUGUCAGCGGUGGAAUACUGUCACAACCGCAACAUCGUCCACCGGGACUUGAAAGCAGAGAACUUGCUGCUGGAUGGCCACAUGAACAUCAAAAUUGCAGACUUCGGUUUUGGCAACUUCUUCCAGCCUGGCGAGCCUCUGGCCACUUGGUGUGGAAGCCCCCCCUAUGCUGCUCCCGAGGUCUUUGAGGGCCAACAGUAUGAGGGCCCCCAGCUAGACAUCUGGAGUAUGGGAGUGGUGCUGUAUGUGUUAGUGUGUGGUGCCUUGCCCUUCGAUGGACCCACAUUGCCUGUGCUACGACAACGGGUCCUGGAAGGAAGGUUCCGCAUCCCCUACUUCAUGACUGAAGACUGCGAGCAUCUUAUCCGCAGGAUGUUGGUCCUGGACCCAUCAAAGCGUCUCUCCGUAGCCCAGAUUAAAGAGCACAAGUGGAUGGCACUAGAUGUUCCAGUGCAGCGGCCCCUUCUGUACCAGCAGGCACCACCUGCUGAGGGCGAGGCGGGUGUGGGCGAGUACAGCGAGCAAGUCCUUCGCUUGAUGCACAGCCUUGGCAUUGACCAGCACAAGACUGUAGAGUCCCUGCAGAACAAAAGCUACAACCACUUUGCCGCCAUCUACUACCUGCUGGUGGAGCGUCUCAAGGCCCAUCGCUGCAGCUUCCCGGUAGAUCAGAGGAUGGACGCACGUCAACGACGACCCAGCACAAUCGCCGAGCAGACCGUCGUCAAGUCGACCAGCGGUUUGCCCCAGGUGGGUCUGCUCCCGCAGGGGGUCCGUCUGCUCCGCUCCCCCGCGCUGCCUCAAGCCGCCUCUGAUGCGUUCACCUUUGCACAGCCAGCGUGUGCCCUGGAGCGGAAUUUCAUGGUUGAGGACGUCGGCACUCCUAAAGUGAACGGCUGCCUACUCGACCCCCUGCCUCCCCCCACAGUGCUCCGCAAGUCCUCCACCUCAUCGCCUAGCAACAUGAUGGAGACGUCGAUUGAUGAGGGCAUCGAGACCGAGGAGCCGGACACGGACGAGGAUCCGUCCCACAUGCUCCUGGCCUAUCAGACGGCUCGCUUCGGCCAAAGGCGACACACCCUCUCUGAGGUCACCAACCAACCGGGGACCUCCAGCCAGGGUAAAUUUUUGGCCCUGGGUCACAGACCCUCCAUGGGUAGCGUAGACUCUGACAUGGGCUAUGACAUGGGCUCCAUGCACAGCAACCUCAGCCUACUGGAGGACCCGCCGUCACUCAGUGAGGUGGUCCUGGCCAGCAGCACGGCCCCCGGUGUCCCCACGUCCUCCUUCCUGAGGGCUCGGCCUGCCAACCCGGCGAUGGCCGCUCUCACCUCGCAGCACAGGGAGACGCACAACCGCUCGCCCAUCAGCUUCCGGGAAGGACGCCGAGCCUCCGACACCUCUCUCACACAAGGUCUGGUGGCCUUUCGGCAGCACCUUCAGAACUUGGCGCGGACCAAAGGCAUCCUCGAGCUGAACAAAGUCCAGAUGCUGGUGGAGCAGAUGGGCGAAGGGGCCGCCAUGGGCCCACCGGGGCCCCAGCAUCACUUGCACAACCUCCUGGAGGGGGAGGCAUCCAAGCAACAGGAGGGCCCCACUUUGUACCAAGGUGGGCCGCAGCCGCCUCUCCUUUCGCGCAGGCAGAGUUUGGAGACCCAGUACCUCACCCAUCAUCUGCAGCAGACCAGUGUUUUGGCAAACAAUCCCACGAGCUGCCAAAUGUUCUGUCAGGACUCUCCCAGAAGUUUAGAGCAGCAACUGCAAGAACACAGACUGAACCAGAAGAGGAUGUACCUGCAGCAGUCCCAGGGUCUGGGCCUGCCGGUCUACUUCAACCAGAUGCAGAUCGCCGAAGGAUCCUACCCAGGCGGUGGCCCCCCUCUGGACCUUGCGGCUUCCCAGAACUCUCCCCCUAUGGUGUCCCAGCCUCAAACUCAGCAACCAGGCAGCCAGCAAGCCUCGCCGUCGUACGGCCACCCCCACAGUCUGACCCCCCUCAUGGAGCCGGGGGAGGGGCCUGUUUACGAUCCCUACAUGAGCCACCACCCCUACGCCCAGCACCUCCCCCCCGGCCCCCACCUGCAGCACCUCCACCACCACCAGCCCCACGAAGGUUACCGCUACCCCAUAGAGCAGCAGGCUGCGGGCCUGGGGCCCCAGUACGAGUUCCCCUCGGACCUGGGCCUGCUCCCUGCCUCUGUCCCGGGGGAAGUGGGGGCUUGCUACGGGGGGCCAGACGGCGAGCAGGGCCAGCAGGAAGGUCUGGUUCUCUCCCAACUGCAGAGCCCGCUCUUGGACAGCGAGAUGAUGGAGACGGUGGACUCUCAGCACGGCUUUGUGCUGGUCAACUGAAACCUCGGCGCAGUGUUCGGAGAGAGAGCCCAACAUGUGGAGGCGCAGCAACAGGGAGGGCAAUGUGUUAGAAACUCCUAGAACACUUUCCUACCCAAAACCCUCUCUUAGCUCACCUCCCUUUUGUCCCGCCCACACGGAGCGAGGGACACGUGCGCCGCGGCCGCCAGGAGUUUGGAAGCCGGCGGCGAGCAAAAGCACAAAAGAGGCCGGCAGAGUUUGAGUUUGUCAAAUAAUGACGGGAGGGUCCCAGGUGCACGACACUAACAGGACGUGACUUUUUCUAACUACUGAACUAACUGCUUACACUACUGAAAGGUGCGCGUGGACACCCGAGACAAGAUGGCGCCUGAUUUGUGUCCUCGGAUAAGACGACUGAAGAUUCUCCUCUCACCUGGCGAAUAGUGAUGCAAUAUUCCUCCUGAUUGGCUGUGGGACUGAUGACAUCACCAGGAGGGCGAGAUGUGAGUGGCGUUUUUGUUUUGCACAUGUCAGGAAGAAUGUCACAUGACUUUGGGAAUGUAAGGAAGACAUCAUGUGAUCACUUUGACGGACUGGGGAUCAUUUUCUUUUGAAUCGCUUCACAGCCCUCGGACUGAAAACUCUUCCCUGCAGGCGCUGACAGUCACGUGAUCUGUUGUUCCACGCUCAACGGAACGUUCUAGAAGGAGCGAGGGCGGCAAGUGUAGCAGCAGGUCAACACUUUCCACCUUUCUUUUUCUUCUGCUUAUUUACACCAAGGAGUAUUAGGGCUACUCUAAAAACAGGCCAGAAAAAGUUGCAAUUUUACUCAAAAUCAAAUAUUUGUAAAAAAAAAUAUAUAUAUAUAUAUAUAUAUAUUAUUUCUUUUUAAAAAGCAAUUUUUUUUUUUUGGGGGGUCUUAUUUCAACUUUAAAAUUAUGACUUUUUUUAAUAUUCUUGUAACGUUCCAUUUUUUUCAUUAGGACUAAGAGAAGAGUAACAAUCAUAAUUUUAGGAGAAGGUAUUUUACAGCAAUAAUUUAACUUUAAAAGAAUAAAAUGUGAUGAGGUGGCGACUUGUCCAGGGUGUACCCCGCCUGCCGCCCGAAUGCAGCUGAGAUAGGCUCCAGUCAUAACUACGCUUCUUUCUCUAAGUUGUGUCUCAAGGAGUUUAAAGUCCUACUGAAAGCCACGCAGUCUGAUAGUUUAUAUAUCAAUGAUGAAAUAUUAACAUUGCAACACAUGACAAUACGCCCGCUUUAGUUUACUAAAUUGUAAUUUUAAAUUUUUGCGCCGAAGUAUCCUGCUGAAACUUUUUUUUUUUUUUAAUAAGGGUUUAUUUAUAAAUUUCAACAAUUACAAACAGUAAGACAAACAACAAUAUACAACAUUAUAAAACAUUAUGAAAACAGUACAAAACAGCGCCAGGGGGUUGUAAACCUCCUGCUGAAACUUUGCGGCAUGAUGACGCGUGCGCGUGACAUCACACAUUGUAAAGGACAUUUUGUUCCAGCACCAUUCCCAGCUAUAAGUUGUCUCAUUUCAUCGAAUAAUUCCACAGUAUUAUGGAACUCUGUGUUGCUGAAUAUUUUUGCAAUGUGUUCAAUGAAUAAUGGAGACAUCAAAGAAGAAAGCUGUAGGUGGGAAGCGGUGUAUUGCGGCCGCCUUUAGCAACACAAACACAGCCGGUGUUUCAUCGUUUACAUUCCCGAAAGAUGACAGUCAAGCUUUACUAUGGAACAGAGCGGUCAAGCGAACACGGUUGGAUUGGACCACACACACAAAGUACGGUGUAUUAUGCAGCGAUUAUGUCGAAAGAUCGGGUUUCGAAGAGGGUCCCUUGCGAAGGGCAGAGAUGGGCAUCGACCUUCAGGUUGUACAGGUACGACCAUAUAAUCUCACUAAAACACUAGUAACACAAUAAGCAGAUAAGGGAUUUUCCAGAGUUUUCCUAGUAAAUGUGUCUAAUAACAUCUAAAGCGCUCCCACUGCCCUAGUCUUUUUUUAAUUUUUCUAGUCCUUCACUCAUUAUCCUCAUCCACGAAUCUUUCAUUUUCAAUUAAUGGGGAAAUUGUCGCUUGCUCGGUCCGAAUCGCUCUCGCUGGUGGUGGCCAUGAUUGUAAACAAUGUUCAGAUGUGAGGAACUCCACAACUCGUGACAUCACGCGCACAUCGUCUGCUACUUCCGGUACAGGCAAGGCUUUUUUUAUCAGCACUAAAAGUUGCGAACUUUAUCGUCGAUGUUCUCUACUAAAUCCUUUCAGCAAAAAUAUGGCAAUAUAGCGAAAUGAUCAAGUAUGACACCUAGAAUGGACCUGCUAUCCCCGUUUAAAUAAGAACAUCUCAUUUCAGUAGGCCUUUGAAGUCAUGUUUUUUACAAGGAAAAAGUAACAUAUUUUCUGGAAUAAAAGAAAAAGAACGUAGUAGUAAUAUUAUAUUUGUUUUGAAGGGGUCGUAUUAUGAUUGUUUUCUACAUGUAAAAGACUACCUUGUGGUCUACAUAACAUGUGCUGGUGUACUUGGUCAACAUUCUACAUCUUCGCAGGAUGUGCCAUUUUGUGGGCACAUGCCUCCACUUUGACUGUCUUCUCCCGGUAAGCCAAGUUGUAGUUUUUAGCGCUUCCAUGGCGAGUCUACUGACAGAUACAGUCAAGAAAAUAAGUAUUUGAACACCCUGCUAUUUUGCAAGUUCUCCCAGUUAGAAAUCAUAGAGGGGUCUGACAUUUUCAUCUGUAUGAGAGAUAACCUAAAAAGAAAAAUCCAGAAAUCACAAUCUUUGAUUUUUAACAAUUUAUUCGUAUGAUACAGCUGAAAAUAAGUAUUUGAACACCUGUCCAUCAGCUAGAGUUCUGACCCUCAAAGACCUGUUAGUCGGCCUUUAAAAGUCCUCCUCCACUCCACUGUAUUAUCUGUGUGAGGUGGUUAGCUGCAUAAAGACACCUGUCCACCACAUACAAUCAGUAAGACACAAACAUUCAGCAUGGCUAAGAGCAAAGAGCUGUCUGGCAGCUUGGUGAAAAAAGGUCCACUGUUGGAGCAAUCAUUAGAAAAUGGAAGAAAUUAAACAUGACGCUCAAUCUCAAUGGGAGUGGAGCUCCAUGCAAGAUAUCACCUGCUGGUGUCUCAAUGAUGCUAAGAAAGGGGAGGAAUCAGCCCAGGACUACAAGAGCUGGGACCACUGUUUCCAUGGUGAUUGUUGGUAAUACACUAAGACGCCAUGGUUUAAAAUCAUGUAUAUCACAGAAGGUUCCCCUGCUUAAACCCGCACAUGUUAAGGCCCGUCUUAAGUUUGCCAAAAACCAUUUGGAUGAUCCACAGGAGUCAUGGGAGAAAGUUUUGUGGACAAAUGAGACCAAAAUUGACCUUUUUGGUCAUAAUUCCACUAUGUGUGCUUGGAGGAAGAAUGAUGCGUACCAUCCCAAGAACACCAUCCCUACUGUGAAGCAUGGGGGUGGUAGCAUCAUGCUUUGGGGGUGUUUUUCUGCUCAUGGGAGAGGACGACUGUACUGAAUUAAGGAGAGGAUGACUGCAGCCAUGUAUUGUGAGAUUUUGGCCAAAAACCUUCCCUCAGUCAGAUCAUUGAAGACAAGUCGUGUCUGGAUCUUCCAACAUGACAAUGACCCAAAGCACCCAGCCAGGAAAACCAAGACGUGGCUUCGUAAGAACCAUAUCAAGGUUCUGGAGAGGCCUAGCCAGUCUACAGACUUAAAUCCAAUUGAAAAUCUUUGGAGGGAGCUGAAAGUCUGUAUUAUUCAGCGACAGCCCAGAAACCUGAGUGAUCUAGAGAAGAUCUGUGGGCCAAAAUCCCUCCUGCAGUCUGAAAACCUGCUGAAGAACUACAGGAAACAUUUUGACCUCUGUAACUGCAAACAAAGGCUACUCUACCAAAUAUUAAUGUUGCUGUUCAAAUACUUAUUUUCAGCUCUAUCACACAAAUAAAUAGUUAAAAAAUCAUAGAUUGGGAUUUCUGGAUUUUUCUUUUUAGGUCAUCUCUCACACUGGACAUGCAGCUACUGUGAGAAUGUCAGACCCCUCCAUGAUGUCUAAGUGGGAGAACUUGCAAAAUAGCAGGCUGUUCAAAUACUUAUUUUCACUGUUUAAGUUUGAACUAUAGGCUAUGUUGUAUUAGAAAUGGCAACAGCAGAGGAUGCACGUGCACGUACGAGCCAGUCUGCCCCACCAGAGGACAGAGAAAGAGGAGGAGCUUAUUGACUAAAGCGCGGGAUGAUAAUGGAAGAACUUUGGGUAAAUGUCUACCUUGUAUGGAAAUAACCGAUGACCUCACAAUCGGGACAAAUUCCAACCGGCGCAUUUGGAGGAAAAUAUGAAGGAAGGCCAGAUUAUUUGUAAACAUUUCCGUCAUCCCUCCAUGGAUUGAUUUGCAAUUGUUGAGGACUUAUGCAGAUCCCAAAUACAACUCAGGUGCCGGCUGGAAAGAAAAGUUGGUUUUGCAUGAUUGGGGCCCUUUAAGACAUUUAAGAAACAAAUCUGGGAAGAAGAGGACAUUUUACGUUUAUGAUAACUUUGUUUCCAGUCGUAAAGUGACAGGUGAAAGUCGUAAUGUUACCAGAAAAGAGGAAUGUGCAAAAAUUAUUUGCUUAUUUACACGAAAGGUUCCAAUAAGAGAAAACAUUCAUUUAAAAUAGUUUUUUUUUUAAACAUUCACUUUUUUUUAACCAUAAAAUUGCAACUUUUUUCCUAAAAUUGAGACGGAGAACUAUUCUCCUUUAGUUUUUUUUAUGACUUUAUUCUCAUUAUGAAGUCGUAAUGUUAACAGAAAAAGUUGCAAUUAAUUAAGGAAAUUACAACUUUUUUUUAAACUUCAGACUCCAACUGUUUGCUCCCAAAAUGCUGACCUUUUUAGCAGUCUUACUACUUAGUUCUCAUACAAUUUGGAUUGUUUUUCCUCCUAAAAGAACAUCUUUGAUCUGUAAUAUUCUGACUUUACAUUUCAAGUACCGUAUUUCCUUGAAUUACCGCAGGGGCGCUAAUUCAUUUAAAUCCUCUUCUCACUCCGGCGCUUACCAAAGGCAUGCAGUAAAAAUUUGAGUGUGAUGUAAGCUUGGGCCUUAAAUCCUACUGAAUAGCUCUUAAUCUUCUGCCCUUUAUGCGAUUUCAAAUUACUGGGAUUGAAAUCAACCUCCUCCAUUUUGAAAAUUGUGAGGUCGUGACUUUGACCCGGCGGUAAAACUAAGCAUGCGCUAAUUAUUUUGCGAAGCGAGUUUGACCCGGCAGUAAUUCAAGGCAAUAGCAUACUAUAUUGUAAAGUUACGAGAAAAAAAGAAUGUGCAAAAAUAAUUUGCAAUUUUACACAAAAGGUUGUAAUUAUGUAAGAGAAAACAUAUUUCAUUAAAAAAAAGUUUUUCAAAAUUCACUUUUUUACCAUAAAAUUGUGACUUGUUUUCCUUAAGUUGAGAUGGAGAACUGUUCUUCUUUAGGCUUUUUUAUGACUUUAUUCUCAUUAUGAAGUCGUAAUGUUAACAGAAAAAGUUGCAAUUUUGUGAGAAAAAAGUACAAGAGUAAUUGAGUUAAAGGCCUACUGAAUAGCGACCACGCAGUCUGAUAGUUUAUAUAUCAAUGAUGAAAUAUUAACAUUGCAACACAUGACAAUACGGCCUUUUUAGUUGACUAAAUUGCAAUUCAAAAUUUCCCGCAAAGUGUCGUGUUGAAAACGUCGCGGUUUGAUGACUCGUAUGAUGACUCGUAUGAUGACGCGUGCGUUUGACGUCUCGGGUUGUAGCGUACAUUAUUUUCCAGCCCGAUCCAAGCUAUAAGUAGUCCGCUUUAAUCGCAUAAUUACACAGUAUUCUGGACAUCUGUGUUGCUGAAUCUUUUGCAAUUUGUUCAAUUAAUAAUGGAGACGUCAAAGAAGAAAGAUGGAGGUGGGAAGCUUUUAGCCUUUAGCCACACAAACACAGCCGGUGUUUCCUUGUUUAGAAUUCCCGAAGAUGAAGCUUUACUAUGGAACAGAGCGGUCAAGCGAACAUAGAUCCCGACUACAUGUCAACAGUCAGUUUUCGGUGAGAAAAUUGUGGUAAUAAGUCGCCUCUUACCAGAGACAUCAGUGGAGCUUCCGUUUUGCUGCAGCUGCCGUGACUUCCCUCAGAGACUCUGGCGUCAACACAUCCGUGGCCACACCCCUGCGACUUUCAGGUACUAUUCAUUCUCACUGAAACACAAGCAACACAAAAGGCAGAUAAGGGAUUUUCCAAAAUUAUCUUAGUAAAUGUGUCUAAUAACAUCUGAAUCGCUCGCUUUUUUUUUCUUUUUUCUGGUCCUUCACUCUAAAUUUCUUUCAUCCUCGCUCAAAUUAAUGGGAAAAUUGGCACUUUCUCGAUCCGAAUCGCUCUCGCCGCUGGUGGCCAUGAUUGUAAACAAUGUUCAGAUGUGAGGAGCCCUACAACCCGUGAUGUCACGCGCACAUCGUCUGCUACUUCCGGUACAGGCAAGGCUUUUUUAUUAGCGACCAAAAGUUGCGAACUUUAUCGUGGAUGUUCUCUACUAAAUCCUUUCAGCAAAAAUAUGGCAAUAUCGCGAAAUGAUCAAGUUGCUAUCCCCGUUUGAAUAAAAAAAUCUCAUUUCAGUAGGCCUUUAAAGAGGAUCCUUUAAAUCUACAUUUCAAAGACUUCCUGCUGGUGCAGAUAUGAAAUAUGUUUAGCAUAUGCUUUGGCACAGUCACUUUUAUCGCCCAUUUUUCUAAGUCUUGUAGCUUCCAGACUGCAAAUGAAACCACACCCCGCCCUCCCUAAAGGAGUCAGAAUGUAUCUUUAGAAAAAGUACACAGUUUAAAUGUCCAUCUUGAAGUCAUCGCCGCUAGUUGAAAACGAUAAACCUGAUAUAGAUGCACUCGGUCACAACAUUAGGUACACUGGCUGAUUGACUCUGCAUUUUAAAAAAAAAGAGCUGCUAAUAUGCCGGUGUCGUUAAGCACAUGCCACAUUUAUAUAACAAUAAUAGUCCAUCUUAAAGCCAUCAUAGUUCAAUGCCACGCCGUAAUAGUCCCCAUUUACAAAUAUUGUCUGUGGAUAAAAACACUUGGAGAUACAGAAUAUUUGCAACAUCAUCAUCAGAGGAGAAACUGCCUGUUUUCUUACCCUGAUGAUGACUUGUCAUUCUCUGCCGUCCAAGUGUGAAAUCCACCAUGUGAAAGUGGUACAGGUGGUAGAAGAAAGAACCUACCACAAUCUACUCAUUGGAUGUUUAGUGUCCAGUGUGCCUUCUUACUGGUCACACGGUCUUGAAAAUCUAGUCAGUUGUACUUCCUGCCAUGAAUUGAUUAACGUGGACCCCGACUUAAAAGAGUUGAAAAACUUAUUGGGGUGUUACCAUUUAGUGGUCAAUUGUACGGAAUAUGUACUGUACUGUGCAAUCUACUAAUACAAGUAUCUAUCAAUCAAUCCUGCUUAUAGUUAUGCCCGCUCCAAAGUAACAAAAACUUUCUUUUUCUUUCUUUUCUUACAAAAGGUACAGAAACCAAAGUCCCUCAGAUGUUUACUAGUACGAGCCAACACCACUUUCUCUUUCUUUCACUCAACUUUUGUUUUUUUAUUUGCUAUAUUUGGCUUCCUGUCGGCACGCGUCAAAAGUAUUCUAGCAAUAUUUGUGUCAAAGUGAGACUGAAAGUAGUACAAGUGGUAGUGGAGGAGGAUGUGUUUCUUAGUACUUAUUACACACACACACACACACACACACACACACACACACCUGCUGACAAAACAAGAAGAAGAAAUAGAAUUUUAUAUCUACCCUCAUUGUUGUCAACCACACAUAAGCUAACUUGCUGUUGAGAUUAAAAAGGUUUAUUGAACAAA